CGCCCAUCACGCCUUUUUUUGUUUUUGCCGGCAGGGUAGCCGGUGGGGGGGGGAGGGCGGGCAAAAGCAACGAAAGCUGCAUGCCUCGCCCCUUUACCCUGCCACACGUACAGCUCCAGACAGCCCCACCCAGCUUGAAGAUCCCACACGCGACUUCUCAAGCGGCCAAAGGAGCAUCACGUACAGAAGGAGAAUCAGAAAAUGCAAAGAAGGUUUUCAUUCAUCCUCAGCCAAGCCAAGCCUUCAUCACCCGCCGGCCGAGUCGGCAUCACCAAGGGUCAGCCUCGGCACCAAUUCAACUGACGUCGACCGAGCAAGCCACACACUUCAUUGCCCUUUGGCCAUUGCAACCCCACCCACUCAUCUUGUGUCUGCCUGCCUGCCGUGUCUUCCGCCCAACUCUUUCCAGUCCCCCUUUCCGUUCCCCGCAACAGAGGAGGAAAGAGAGGGGGAGGGUAAAGGUGAUAUGUGCAAGUGAUCGAGCGGGGCGUCAAUCCAUUGAGCAUGGACAAAGGGAACAGGCGAGCGGGGGGGCGUAGAUUCAUGGGAGUGUGAGAGUGAAUGUCAAGCCUCGCCUUAUUCUCAUUCCCACUCCACAGUGGAUCCUUCCGCUCAAAAUCACUGCC